ACACUCGGCUCCUCCCUCCAUCCCUCCCCACGCGCCGCCGCCGCCGCCUCCUCCGACCCGGCCCCUUCUAGGAGCCUCCGCAGCGAGCGCCGGCCAUGGCGCUCGCCUUCGACGAGUUCGGGCGCCCCUUCAUCAUCCUCCGGGAGCAGGAGAAGAAGACGCGCCUGCGCGGCCUCGACGCGCAGAAGGCCAACAUCGCCGCCGGCAAGGCCGUCGCGCGGAUCCUCCGCACCUCGCUCGGCCCGAAGGGCAUGGACAAGAUGCUCCAGUCCCCCGACGGCGACGUCACCAUCACAAAUGACGGGGCGACGAUCCUGGAGCAGAUGGAUGUUGACAACCAGAUCGCAAAGCUGAUGGUGGAGCUGUCCCGCAGCCAGGACUAUGAGAUCGGGUAUGGUACCACUGGGGUGGUGGUCAUGGCAGGGGCUCUCCUGGAGCAGGCCGAGAAGCUUCUGGAACGUGGCAUUCACCCCAUUAGGGUGGCUGAAGGCUAUGAGAUGGCAUCAAGGAUAGCUUUUGAUCACCUAGAACGUAUCUCCCAGAAGUUUGAGUUCAGUGGAGACAAUAUUGAGCCCCUCGUUCAGACCUGCAUGACAACUCUGUCGUCAAAGAUCGUUAACCGUUGCAAGAGGGCACUUGCAGAGAUUGCUGUUAAAGCAGUCCUUGCGGUUGCUGAUCUGGAGAGGAAGGAUGUUAACUUGGACUUAAUUAAAGUAGAAGGCAAGGUUGGUGGUAAGCUGGAGGACACUGAGCUCAUAUAUGGAAUUGUUGUUGACAAAGAUAUGAGCUACCCACAAAUGCCAAAGAGAAUUGAAGAUGCUAAGAUUGCCAUCCUGACAUGCCCAUUCGAGCCUCUGAAGCCUAAGACAAAGCAUAAGGUUGACAUUGACACUGUAGAGAAAUUCCAGACGCUGCGUGAGCAAGAGCAGAAGUACUUUGAUGAAAUGGUUCAGAAGUGCAAGGAUGUUGGUGCAACCCUGGUUAUUUGUCAAUGGGGCUUUGAUGAUGAAGCCAAUCAUUUGUUGAUGCACAGAAAUCUGCCAGCUGUCAGAUGGGUUGGUGGUGUUGAAUUGGAAUUGAUUGCCAUUGCUACAGGAGGACGGAUUGUUCCGAGAUUCCAAGAGUUAAGUUCUGAAAAGCUUGGGAAGGCUGGAUUAGUCAGGGAGAAGUCAUUCGGUACAACCAAGGACCGGAUGCUUUACAUCGAGAAGUGUGCCAAUUCCAGAGCUGUAACUAUUUUCAUUCGUGGUGGAAACAAAAUGAUGAUUGAGGAGACCAAGCGUAGUCUUCAUGACGCGCUUUGUGUGGCGAGGAAUCUGAUCCGUAAUAACUCAAUUGUUUAUGGUGGCGGCUCAGCAGAGAUAUCUUGUUCAAUUGCUGUUGAAACUGCUGCGGAUCGGCACCCUGGAGUCGAGCAGUACGCUAUCAGGUCAUUCGCUGAUGUGUUAGAUGCUGUUCCGCUAGCCUUGGCUGAAAACAGCGGUUUGCCACCAAUUGAUACCCUAACUGCGGUAAAAGCUCAACAAGUUAAGGAGAGCAACCCGCACUGUGGUAUAGACUGCAAUGAUGUUGGCACCAAUGACAUGAAAGAACAAAACGCCUUCGAGACCCUGAUUGGCAAGCAGCAACAGAUCUUGCUUGCCACUCAGGUGGUGAAGAUGAUCCUCAAGAUCGAUGACGUGAUCUCGCCAUCCGAUUACUGAUGAAGACUGAGAAAAUGGACCUGCUACUAUGGAUGACAGCCAGUGUUGUAAGCAGCAUUGCUGAUGUGUUGAUUGGUGUACUCUUUUAUUCUGGCUUUGCUCGCUAGCUGCUAGCUGCAUCCGAUGAGCUGCCUACCUGUUUUUUGUGUCGCUUGCGGAAUUGUUUCUAUUGCCCGAUAGCAUCGAAGAUACAUUUGAAAUUAGCGUAGACGCUUGGUUAAAAAACCAUUUUGUGCUGUAUUUCACCUCAGAUGGUUGCAGUGUUGUUACUUUGUUUCUGUUUGUACUGUUUGGAAGUGUUGACCUAUUCAUGUUACUGGAAAC